CAAAUCCAAGAAAUAGUCCCAACCGCGGCGCCAUACUGCUUCAACCAACAAGCUGAACGAACGUGCGUCGCGGACUAACGCGUUAGUUUUUGUUUGUGUCGCGCUGAUUGAAUUGAAAUUCGUGGUGAAAAUCGGUUCUUCUCUUGAAAUUGAAAUAAUUGUGAAGUUGAGGCGCACACCUGUUGACCCUGGUGACGCCCACGCCAAGCAGCUACUCUUGUUCUUCCUGCACCGCUCCGUGUACCGCUGCGCGCGUCGCUUUCUCACCUGCAGCGCAGUCGCAGCAGCAACAGCAGCCGCAGCAGCAGCCGAUUGCUAAACAAAAAAAUAAAGUGUGAUUUUUACGGAUCCAAGUUUUAUAUAAUAACAUCACAAAAAGCAACAACACACAACAACUCAGCAAACCUGUUACUAGCUGUUACCAGCUUCGAAUCCGAUUCCGAAUCCCCAUAAUAGUGUGAAACAAAUUCUCGGCCCCAUAACUACACACACAACAAUAUAAUCCCAUUCCCAUAGUUCCGAUCCGAUCAGACAUCUCUACUAUAUAAAAUACUAUACCUCCUACCCCCUCUAUAUCUUUCCCCCACCCCCUGUCAUCAUCGUUCGAAAUGCAAAAUUGAGUGGAGUUCUACGGUGGAGUGGAGUGCAGAGUUAAGCAAAAAAAAAAAAAAGUUAAUAAAUCGUGGCUUUUUGGUGUAAAUAGAAGUGCUUCUACACACACACACACCCAUACACUAAAGAAGGCAGGCCAGGAUCCAAGAGCGGAGGAGCCAAAAUGAAUAAAACCUGUGCGCGUUGUCAGAAGGUGGUCUAUCCCAUCGAGGAGCUCAAGUGUCUGGAUAAAACAUGGCACAAAACGUGUUUCAAAUGCACAGAAUGCGGCAUGGCCCUCAAUAUGAAAACCUACAAGGGCUACAACAAAAUGCCCUACUGCGAGGCACACAUACCCAAAGCCAAGGCAACUGCCAUUGCAGAUACGCCCGAACUGAAACGGUUUGCCGAAAACACGAAAAUCCAAUCGAACGUUAAAUACCAUGCUGACUUUGAGAAGGCCAAAGGCAAAUUUACACAGGUGGCUGAUGACCCGGAAACGCUGAGGAUCAAACAGAACACGAAGCACAUAUCGAAUGUGGCCUAUCACGGCGAUCUGGAGAAGAAGGCUGCCAUGGAGAAGCAACGUGGCUCCGCCGAGGUCUCCGACAGCAGCAAUGAAUCGGAAUAUUUCUCUGAGCAAUUGGCAGCUGAACAAUUCUCGCAAUAUGCACCCACAGCCUCACCCAUACCGCCAGCCGUGUCACUACACCAGCAACAGCAACACCAACAACAGCAGCUGCAACAACAAUACCAGCAACAGUUGCAGCAACAACAUCAACACUAUCUGCAACAGCAGCAACAGACUCUGCCACCGCCACCCAUACAACAUCAGCAAUACAACACAGCGGCCAUAACGCCCACAUACCAACAACUCCAACAACAACAGAGAGCACAACAGCAACAUCAGCAACAGCAGCAACAGUUGCACGAUCCCUAUGCCCACUACCAGCAACCACAGGCGUUGCGCCAACAGCAUCAACAGCAGCAACAGCAAGCCAUUAAACAAGCCUCACAUCUGUAUCCCACAGCAACAUCCCAGCAGCAUCAGCAGCAGCAACAUCAUCAGCAGCAGGUGCAGCAACAGCAACAUCAGCAGCAACAGGCGGCAGCUUUGAAUCCCCAGCAGCAGGCUCUCAACAGCUACAAUGAGAUGCGCUCGGCCAUACUCCAGAACUCGCAUCAUCCCAGCGGCAAUGCCGUGGAUCAGUACGAUCAGCAGCAGCAUCCGUCGCAGCAUCAGCUGCAACAGCACAGCAGCAGCAACACGGCAACAGUGCAACAGCAGCAGCAAUCGCAUCACAGUUUGUUGAACAACAAUCCCAGCAACGGCGGAGGCAGUUCGCAGAACAACCACGCCGCCAUCAACAACAAUAAUGGCCAUGGAUCCAACAGCCAGAUGUUGCCACCACAGCAGAUGCGUGGCGGCAGCAACACCGAUGUGGCCCAGAUGAGAAGCAAGCAUAAUGUGACUGGAGGACCAGGAUCGGGCACAGGCAUCGCCGCCCAGAAUCAUCUGCAGCAGCUGUAUGCCUCACCCAACUACGCCACGGUGACGCCAUCGGAGAACGCCAUCGCUGCCCAGAAUCAUCUGCAGCAGAUAUAUGCCUCGCCCAACUAUGCCGCUGCGACGCCAUCGGAGAACGCCAUGAAUGUGAAGGCGCACUCGAGCAACGGACAUGUCCCCAGCCAGCAGCAACUGAUGGCCGCCGGCGGAGGUGGAGGUGGUGGCGGCGCCUCCAACAAUAUCGGGAAGAUAGCCGACUACGAUCCGUUGACGGAUGGACCGCGAGCGGUGCCCACAGCCGGACGUUCCAGCACCACUCUGGUCUACAGCUCCGAGCCGCGCGGCAUUGCAGGUGGCAACAGUGUCUACCCGAAGAGAAUUGGCUCCAUUUCGGACAUCGAUCCGGCCAAUGGGAUCUAUGGAUCGCUCACCAGUGCCGAGCAGGCCCACCAGCAGAAGCAACAGCAGUACUACCAACAGGUCCAGAUGAUGCAGCAACAGGAGCAUCCUCCACAGCAGCAGCAGCAGCAGCAGAUGCGCCAGCAACCAUCCUAUGUCUCGCUGCAGGAUAAACAGUCGCGCCAGAGCACAGCUUUGCGCGUCUAUCGGGCCAUCUACGACUAUGAGGCGCAGGACGUCGACGAGGUUAGCUUCCGCGAGGGCGAUGUCAUCUUCGAGGUGGAGUCGAUCGAUUCUGGCUGGAUGACCGGUCGGGUGGAGAGGACCGGCAAGACCGGCAUGCUGCCCGCCAACUAUGUGGAGCAGGCGGUUAUAUAAUAGGGAAUGUUCUACUACUGCUGCUGUCGCCAGCAGUUUGUGGUGAUCCUCGUCUGCCUGCUCUACAUCCUGCUCGUUCUGGUCUUCUUUGUCAACGUUUUUGUCGCGGAUCGCAAUAUGCACGCGAAUCUAAUGAUGAGAAACUCACAUGGGCAUGGUCAUGGCGGAGGCAUAGGAGGAGGAGUGGGCGGCGGAAUGGGCGGAGCACCGUCCGGCGGUCACCACAAUCACAAUCCGUACGACAUGCAUGGCUACAACCACUACAGCAACUAUCAUCCGCAAGUGGAUCCCAAGCAGCAGCAGGACAUGGCCAGGAAGACGCCGAACCAACAGCAGGCCGAGCAGGACAUCUACUACUAUUUCAAUCACGUAUUCAGGCGACGAAGGCGAUGAAGGGAGGAUGAUGAUGACGGGUACCUCAACCCGCCCAAAUCUUAGUGCAUUAACUUAUACUACACACACACACACACCCCCAAAAUACAUAAAUAGUUAUAUAAUUACUAUAUAUAUGAAAUAUAUAUUUAUAGCCAAGGCAGCGAGUUAUGUAAAAAGCGCGAGGUGGAGAUACGUUUUGUAAAAUUGAAUAGUAACCCAACCAAGAACCAACAAUCUGAUAUCCAUACUACUAUACUAUAUAUUAUAUAGUGAAUAAAAGAGUAACCACACCGGAGAAUCGUCAGAUAUAUAUGCCAUUUGGAUCAUAGAUCUGUAUCGAUUCGCAGGCUUCUGAAUUCUGAGGGCGACCAAGCUAGCCCAGCCAAGUAUGCAUUUAUCUACAGGCCCUUAGAGGAAUCAAAUUUAUAAAGAUAUUUAUUGAAGGAUAUACAACCUAAUCAGCUAACCUAGUGCUCUAUAUAGCUAACCAAUAAUAUACAGCUUUUUUAGCCCAGAGCAUGUUAAGGAGAACGUUUUCUAAUUAAAUUAGAAUUUCACUAAAAAAAAAUAAUCAAUAUACAAUAUAUAAUGGGGCUUCUGGCUACUAAGGAUUUCCCCCUCCAUGUUUUCUUAGGCUUUUUUAAAAAGCUUUUUGCACUAGCCUAGUUCAGAGUCCAUAGUCCAUACUCUGAUUUCGAUUUGGAUAUGGAAUUGGAUUCUUUAUCCCUACAAUUUUGUCAAUUUAUUCGUGUAGAAGAGCUCCUCCGGCUCCGGAUCCGGGCAAAGGCAAAAGAUUUGUUCUUGUUUUUUUUUUCUGUGGGGGAAAUACGUGUUUUAAUCUAUAUAUAUAUGAUCUAUAUAUAAUCUAUAUAUAUAUUCUUUUUUGUUAAGAAGUUAAGAAAAUGAUAAUAUUGUUUGUUUCUCUAGCGUUAAAUUAUGAAGAAAAGUAAAUGGGGAAAAUAAUUGUUUCGUUUCACAAAAGAAAUCCUUGAAAGUGCCUUUAAUUUGCUAAAAAGUGUUUUUUAGAUAAAAACCAAUUUAUUAGGUUACCAAUAAUGCAUUAUAGAUCGCAAUUAAUAUACUAACUAACUUAUACAUCCAAGAUAACAAUAUUGAGAACGAAUUUCAGAUGCGAAUUAGGGGAAUACAGAAGAUAGUUUAUAAUGUGAUUGGAGUAAUGUUUUUCUAUGGCAAGUCAAGCUACAUUAACGUAUUAUUAACUUAAUUACACACACUCACCACACACUUGCAUUGGAAUUUAGACCGCUAUUAACGCAUUAUGGCAUUAUGCCUUCGAGAAAUGCUUCGAGUGCAGAAAUCACCCAACAAUUACACCAACUAAUCUAAUCUUAUCCUCAAACUGAAGCAGCGCCAAAGGCUUCGUUUUGUGAACGUGUUACAAAUAAAAUAAAAACUUAUGAAAAUCUU